CUGCAGGUGGAGGUGAGAGUGGCGCCUCCGGCAGUCUCAUCUGAUGCUGCUGUGAUCUCACAGUUGUCGCUGUGCGGUGGAGGCGUUUUUUUUUUUCCUUGUGUGCAGCCAACCGCAAGAAAUGGAUGUGUUUCUAAUGAUCAGACGUCACAAGACGACCAUCUUCACAGAUGCCAAAGAGUCUACCACAGUUUAUGAACUGAAGCGCAUUGUGGAAGGCAUUUUAAAGAGGCCCCCUGAAGAGCAGAGACUUUACAAGGAUGAAGUGAUGCUCAAUGAUUGUCAAACUCUUGGAAAUUGUGGCUUUACAAAUCAAACCGCUCGACCUCAGGCCCCGGCCACGGUGGGGUUAGCGUUCCGUCUCAGCGAUGAUUCAUUCGAGCAGCUGAGGGUCGAGUCUUUCUCCACUCCCCCAGAGCUCCCUGACGUCAUGAAGCCCCAGGACUCGGGCAGCACAGCCAACGAGCAGGCUGUACAGUGAGGGAGGGAGGGAGGGAGAGGGGAGAGGGGGGGGCAGGGAACCGGCAAGGCUGCACAGGGGGUCGGUGGGAGGAUACACGGGGGAGGGAGGGGUUAGAUUUUUGGAAUGCCCUCGCGGGUGAGUUUUACCUCGCCGGCGGCGGAUCUUCAGUGGGGCACAAGCGAUUCCGAGCACGGAUUCCCCUCGUUGUAAAUGGGAGGGCGAGCGUUUCAAAGUGCUUCAUUUGUCCUGAACUCGGCCAACGCAUGCUAGAUAAAUUGAUAAUUUCACACAAGACCCUUCAGAGAUAACGGACGGACUUGUCACGACACUGUCAGUCAUGCGUGGGAUUGAUAAUGGCUGAACAUAAAAAGUUGUACCUCGUAUUUAAUUCUACUCUUUAUUUGGGGUAAGCUUAUUGCUAGUUUACCUGUUUUUUAUUUUUUAUUUGAUUUUGCUGGCUUAAACGUGGGAGUUAGAUUAUAAGGUGUGACAUUUUUAGGCUUUUAUGUUUGUGUGUUUCUUUAUUAAACUAUUACUAGGAUUCAACAUGUUUUGUUGGUCUUUGGCCCUGGAUGUGUGUUGCAACAAUAGCUAGGAAUUUGUGAAUUUCUAAGUUACUAUCUGUAUUUCAAAAACUUUAAACAAUAUGAUCUGAGAUCAAAUGGAUUCAGUUGCUGACAAGGAGACCUGGCAUUAAGAUGAAAAUUUCUUGGUACUCGACCUAAUGGGUAGUUGUAGUUUUCCUACUGUAGCUGCUCCCAGAUGAUGUUACUGGGACUGAACGCACCCAGCCGUGGGUAUCUCCAACACGUGUGACGCUGGUGUGAACCUGGUGUUGAAAAAGAGAGCAGCAAUCACAAAUGAAGAGAUUGUCGUCUAACAAAGGUCGGGGCUAACCAACUUUCCCCCCCCCCCCAAUGUUUGAUUGUAGCCGAUGACAUCUUAAAGAUGUUCUUCACCUGAAUCCGUGUGGCUGAUGGUUGAAAGUAAACCCAAAGCGCUUUAAGUUAAACAGGCAGUUUGCCGUGUGCUGCGAUGGGAUCUGUGCCUGUCAGCAGCGGGCUGCACAUUUGACCCUCCGAUGUCUCACUCCCCAUUUAGGUUUAGUUCAAGCUGCAACUUGUGUUGUAUUAUACCCCAUAAAUACCGUACUUCACAUUUCUUUCCCUAAAAACAAAAAGGGAAUAAGAAAUAAACUCCUCUGCACAUCAAGUAGAAGUAUAACACUGGGUCUCGUGAUCUAGAAAAACUACACUUUAAAAACUAAAUCCUCUAUUAGUUACAACGAGAUGGGAAACUCUGACCUGAGGGUGUUUAAUGAAAUUGUUUGACAUUAACAUUCGCAAAUUGAGGCUGUUAAACAGUGGGUCAUGAUCAAAGUUGCACUUGUAACUGAUUUAACAUUAAAACAACUGUUUUUCA